AUGAAUAGUGAAUACGAUUAUUUAUUUAAAUUAUUAUUAAUCGGUAAUUCCGGUGUUGGUAAAUCAUGUUUAUUGUUAAGAUUUUCUGAUGAUACAUAUUCAAAUGAUUAUAUUUCAACUAUUGGUGUUGAUUUUAAAAUUAAAACAGUUGAAUUAGAAGGUAAAACUGUUAAAUUACAAAUUUGGGAUACAGCAGGUCAAGAACGUUUUAGAACAAUUACCUCAUCAUAUUAUCGUGGAUCUCAUGGUAUUAUUAUUGUUUAUGAUAUUACAGAUCAAGAAUCAUUUAAUGGUGUUAAAAUGUGGUUACAAGAAAUUGAUCGUUAUGCAACUUCUACAGUUUUAAAAUUAUUAGUUGGUAAUAAAUGUGAUUUAACUGAUAAAAGAAUUGUUGAAUUUGAUAUUGCAAAAGAAUUUGCUGACGCAAAUAAUAUGCCAUUUUUAGAGACAAGUGCACUAGAUUCAACUAAUGUCGAAGAAGCAUUUUUAACAAUGGCAAAACAAAUUAAAGAAAGUAUGGCUAAACAAAAAUUAACUGAUGAUAGUAAUGGUAAUAAUAACAAUAAUUCAAAUAAAAAUGAUAAAGGUAAUGUUAAUUUAAAUGGUCAAAGUUUAACCAGUUCUUCAAGUGGUUGUUGUUAA